AUGAUCUAUGCAAUUGAGGAGAUCAAUAAUUCUUCACUCCUACCAAAUGUGAAACUUGGAUACGAAAUCUAUGACACUUGCCUUGAUGUAUCCUUUGCUUUGAGAAGUACACUGAAACUAAUGGAGAAAACUGAUGACAAACUGAUAGGCUGUGCUGAUGAAAAAGACAAUAUCACGUCCACAAAGAACAUUAAGGCAGUGAUCGGAGAGUGGUUGUCUGAGGUCUCAGUCGCUGUGGCACGUCUUCUAGCUCUAAAUCUAACUCCACAGAUAAGCUAUGGGGCCACAAGUCAGAUCCUGAGCAGGAAGGAAAAGUUCCCAUCGUUCUUACGCACUACUCCGAGUGACCUGAUUCAGGCCAGAGCCAUUACAGAGUUGGUGAAAAGUAUGAACUGGAAAGCUGUUGGCAUCUUUGGUAGUGAAGAUGAGUACGGGAAAUACGGUUCAGAACAACUUAAUGAUAACUUCAGAAAUGAUGAUGUCUGUGUGGAAUUUAAAGUAGUUUUACCAGCAGACUUUGAAAAGAAUAACGCAGCACUCAAUACUGUUUUGGACAAGAUUCAAAAUUCUUACACAGAAGCCAUUGUGAUUUUCACUCAUGAGCACAAUGUGAGGAGAAUCUUUGAAGGAGCCAUUGAACGAGGGAUCCGUAAGACAUGGAUAGCGAGUGAUGCUUGGUCCACAUCAAAGAAUAUAAGUAAAAUGCCCAAUAUUCAAAAAGUUGGAAGAGUCAUUGGUGUGAUUAUUCAAAGAAACAAAGUUCCAGGAUUUGAUGAUUACCUCGUCCACCUCGCCUCCAAAAAGAAUUUUCAUAGCACCUUUUUAUACGAGUACUUAUCUAACUACAGCAUGUGUGUUGGAUUAAGCUCUCAAAAUCCAAAUGGCUGUUUGUCUUCUGGCUCAGUGAAGAACUGUGUUGACGCUCAAUGCUUGCAGAACAUGUACAAACAGGAUGAAUCUUAUGAGCCACACAGCAUCUAUCUUGCUGUAAAAGUAAUAGCUCAAGCUUUGAAAAACUUGCUCAAGUGCAACAACGAGACAUGUGAAAACACCAACACCUUUCAAGCCUGGGAGUUGUGGUCGAACCUACAGCUACUGGAGGAGAUUAAGCAAGUCAAUUUAUCUGUGACCAACGACAGUUACCUAACUUUCAACAAGAAUGGAGACCCAACUGUUGGAUAUGAAAUUUUUGACUGGGAAAUUAAUGAAAAGGGGGUCAAUUUGGUGGUAUUUGGAACCUAUGAAAGUGAUCGAAUCCAUCUUAACAAAAUCGACAAUGAAACCGAUGAUAUGGUAACUCCUCCAGGUAACUGUUCUAAAUCUUGCAGUCCAGGAUACGAACUGAAAUCAAACAUUGGCACUUGCUGCAAGACAUGCAAACGCUGUGAAGAGGGACAGUACUCAGAUGGAACAAUGGAGUGUAAAAGUUGCAGUGACCAUGAGUAUUCCAACGAUAACAAGACGGGGUGUGUGACCAAAACCAAUAAAUAUCUGGAAUGGAACGAUCCCUUCUCGAUCAUCUUGGUUUCAUUUGGAUCCGUCGGGAUAGUCCUCACUUUGAUGGUUCUUGUUUUGUUUGCCGUGUACAGGACCACACCAAUUGUGAAAGCCACAGGGAAAUAUAUUUGCUUUGUCGCGCUGCUUGCUCUCUUGGGGUGUUUUUGUAGCGUUAUGCUUUUUCCAGGCCUACCCUCCAAUGUGUCCUGUAUGGCUGGGUUGCCGCUCUUUGCUAUAUCUUUCACGAUCUGUGUAUCCUGUGUUCUGGCCAACCUGCUUCAGAUCUUUGCUGGUUUUGCCUUCAAACUGAAUUUUGGGAACUGGAUUAAGCGUCUCAACAAACCCGCUGCGGUGGUAAUGGCUUGCUCGAGUGUGCAGAUAGUCUUGUGCAUACUGUGGCUAACGCUUUACCCCCCUCAACAGCAUGAAAACAAUGGACAUGAACGUGAAAUCCUGAUCGAAUGUGACGUAGUGUCUGUCGGUUUCUUUAUAGGCACUUUAGCGUACAUUGCCUUUCUUGCCGCUCUCUCUUUUCUUUUUGCAUUCAAGGGAAAACAGUUACCCGAUCUUUAUAAAAACGCCAGCUUUAUCACUAUUAGCAUGCUCAUCUACCUGGUGGUAUGGAUGAUUUUCAUACCGGUUUAUGUAAAUAUGUCUGGCGAGUAUAAAAGAGCAAUUGAGGCAACAGCCAUUUUAAUAACUAGUUACAGUCUCCUCGCUUGUUACUUUGGGCCUAAAUGUUACAUCAUUCUGUGGAAAAGUCAGCUGAAUGAGGAGAGUGCUAUUAUAGAAUACGUCCGUCAACAUUAUAAUAAUAAAAGAGUGAGCACUGUGACGUCUUAA